AUGGGACUAACAGACAAAGAGAUAAAGGGGUGGGGAGGGCAGGUCUAUGGUGCUAGGGGAUUUGAAAAUAGAGGUGUUUGGAGUGAAGAGAGGAUUGAAAAGGUUCAAUUGGGCAAGGUUUGGGCAGAAAAAGGUCUUGGACCAGGAGGAGUGUGCAGUGUGCUUGGAGCAGUUCAAGGUGGGCGAGACCCUGGUGCGUUUGCCCUGCUCUCAUCGGUUCCAUUCAAGUUGUUUGGUUCCAUGGCUAGAGAACAAUGCUCAUUGCCCUUGUUGCAGAAUGGAGAUUUUGGAUUUAAAAAGAGGCAAUGCCAAGACCGGCUAGGUGAUGCCCUUGGAACAGGCGACGAUGCCAAGGAUGCUAUAUGGUAUGGGCGACAUCAUGGAGGACAUAGGCAAAGCCAGAGAAAGGGAGUGCGCUGGGGUGUUGGUCGGAGUAUCAGAAAGCCAUGA